AUGCUGAGCAAAUGCGGUUUGAUCGAUCUCAUAUUUGCCCUGUGGCGAUUCCUUAAGAUCGCUCGCGUAGCCAUACUUCUCGUGAUCGGCGCAUCGCCCGUACUCGCGUGUUUCGGAGGAGGACUAGGAUUAGGAGGAGGGAUGUGCUGUCCGCCGCCAUGCCCAAGUCCAUGUCCGAUUGGUGGCGGAGGAGGUGGAGGCGGUUACGCCCUACCACCGCCGGCAAGCGGUUACGCAAUGCCACCGUCUUACGUGCCACCUCCUCCGUCAUAUGCUGCGCCGCCUCCAGCUCCACAGCUACCUUCUUACGUGCCUCCACCACCAGCACCGCCACCUCCGCCUCCACCACCGCCACCACCACCACCCGCACCACCGGCACCCUAUGAACCUCCACCGCCACCUGCACCUGCACCACCGGCGCCUUAUGUAGCUCCACCGCCACCCGCACCUCCGCCACCUGCACCUCCACCACCUGCACCGUAUGUAGCUCCACCGGCGCCAUCGUAUGUGGGUCCAGCGCCGGGUCCAGCUCCACCGGCACCAUCGUAUGUGGGUCCAGCGCCUGGUCCAGCUCCAGCUCCCGGUCCGUCAUAUGUGGGUCCAGCGCCGGGUCCAGCUCCACCUCCAGGUCCGUCAUAUGUCGGUGGAGGUGGAGGACCUUCCUAUGCUCCCGGUCCCGUGGCUCCACAGAUACCACCACAAGCCGGUUACCAGACUGUUCGCGCUUUUCUGAUUCUUGUGGUCACGUCGCAGCCAAUCUUGGCCUGUAUCUUUUGUCCUUGCCCUCAGUGUCCACCGCCGGUAGGAGGUUGCGGUUUCCCACCAGUCGGUGGUGGUGGUUACCCAGUAGCACCACCACCUCCUCCUCCAUCGUAUGCAGCUCCACCUCCAUCGUAUGUGGCUCCACCUUCUUACGGUGGUGGAGCUUAUGAUUCUGUGGCGGACUUGACACUGUUUUCUUUCUAG